AUGGAACAUGGAUUUCCUGAUCCUAACGCCAAACAAAACUUAAAUCCAAUGUAUACGUCUUCGCCAACUAAGAUAAAGUCAGUUGUAAAUGGACACUUGUAUACAAUUGGACAACCAGCAGAUAAUCAGUUUUAUAUUGUACAUGUGUGGGGGACACCAUAUGAUAUGGGAAAAGCUCAUGGACAGCUCUUGGAUAAAAGAGCAAAUGCCAUGAUAAACAGUGUAUGGAAGUAUCUAGAAGAACAAGUCAUUGGUGCCAUCAAUAGUACUGUACAUAUUUUUAAACCUUGGUUUUUAAAAGACGUUGCAGAUUUUGGUCUUGGCGCAGCUUUAGAUCUUGAAAUAGAAAUUACUCGUCCAUUCACCCGUCAAGCAUUCUUCGAGGAAGCCCAAGGUCUUGCUGAUGGAUCAGGAGCAGACUUUAAGAAAAUUCUACGAAUUCAUAUGAUAGGUGAACUUACCAAAGGGGACUGCUCAAUGUUUGGAGCGUGGGGUAAAAGUGUUCCAGUAGAAGGUUCCCUGUUACAACUAAGAGCAUUAGAUUGGAGCGUUGAUGGUCCAUUUAAAGAUUUUCCUCAAGUAACCGUGUACCACCCAAUUGAAGGUAACGGACAUGCGUUUGCCAAUUUCGGAUGGACAGGUUGGAUAGGAUCCAUUACAGGAAUGAGCUCCAGAAAUAUGGCAAUAUCAGAAAUUGGUGUAACCUUUCCCGAUGACACAUUUGGAAAGGAAUCGAGAUUUGGAGUUCCUUUUACGUAUUUAUUACGUGAUAUUCUGCAAUUUGACAACACGAUAGACGAUUCCAUCAAUAGAAUCGCAAAUUCUCCAAGAACUUGCGAUUUAAUCCUUGGAGUCGGCGACGGAAAGAUGGGAGAAUUUCUAGGCAUCCAAUACUCAGCGUCAGUAGCAAAUUUCAUGGAUGACGUAAAUAUGAAACCAACGGCGUCCUGGCAUCCACACAUAAAAGACGUUGUAUACUGGGGCAUGGACUGGUUGUGUCCAGCUUUUAGUCAGACACUAUCAAGACAACUAACCAAACAUUACGGUAACAUCACCGUGGAAAACGUUAUCCGUGACGUCACGUCUAUCACCCAGACGGGAAACUUACAUAUUGCCAUUUACGAUUUAACAAAUAGUAUUGCGUAUCUUGCCAACGCCAAGUCUACCAAUCAGUCAGGACCUCUUUAUGCAUAUGAAAGAUCAUUCGUCAGACUGAAUAUGACAGAAUUAUUCAACGUCAUACCACCAGAAGAAAACGCUACAUUGUGAAGUAAUUGUCUGGGAAAUACGUGUUCACAUUCAUUUUCUGGCUUUCGGGUAGUUUGUUUAUUAAAAUUAUUAUGCAGUC